AUGGCAUUUAAUGGCCCUAUCAAUGAGAAUUAUCCAAUGCCCAGUGCGGCGGACAGUGCUACUGUAUCACAUGUUCAAAAGGGCUUCAAGAUCAGUGCGCGCAAACUCCCAAUAUCGAAAUCAGGCCCAAUAGAGGAGAUGUCCGAGAAGCUUGGCAUACCCGUUCCAGAGAUGAUUUUUGGCGAUAACAUGGUUGCAAUCGAGCACCUAGCAAGUGGAUGGCGCAUGGAAUUUAAUGCAUACGAUGCGCUGGACCGAAUUGACAAGACGGACAAGAAUAUGUUAAAAGUAGCUUAUUCGAAGGAGUGGUCAAGCAGCAGGGAGAAGACCCACGAAGGUAUCAAAGAAAUUAUCAAGCCAUUCGACUGGUCGUACACAACAGAUUAUAAAGGCACUAUAACAAGUGGUAAACCGUUUGCACUGGAUAACUCUGAUCCAAUACCCAUUGCACUUCUGAAACGUCAGGAUCCUAUCCUGUUCUUCGAAGAAGUUGUCUUGUACGAGAGUGAGCUAGAUGACAAUGGAAUAUCCGUGUUUUCUUGCAAAUUACGGGUUAUGCCCGAUCGAAUGCUUCUCCUAUGCAGAUUAUUCAUGAGGCUCGAUAAUGUUCUCAUUAGGAUUAGAGAUACUAGAAUAUAUGUCGACUUUAACACAAGUAAGGUGAUCCGGGACUACACUGAGAAAGAGGAUGCAUUUGACACUGUCAAAAAGAACCUUCUUUACUCUGGAAAACCCCCGGAUGAUCUUACUAUAGCCAUGCGUGAUCCAAAUCAGAUUGCGCAUUUAGUACCUGAAGUUACCCAUACGAUCGAAAAUCUGACGCUUCCUUAA